AUCCAAGCCUUUUUGGUUUCCUCUAAUGCGGGGGUCGGCAACCCGCGGCUCUAGAGCCGCAUGCGGCUCUUUAGCGCCGCCCUAGUGGCUCUCUGGAGAUUUUUCAAAAAUGUAUGAAGAAUGGAAAAAGAUGAGGGGGAAAAAAAUCAAUUUUUUUGUUUCAGAAUGUUUUCUGUGGGAGGACAAACAUGACAUAAACCUCGCUAAUUGUUAUAAAUCACACUGUUUAUAUUAAACAUGCUUCACUGAUUCGAGUAUUUGGCGAGCGCCGUUUUGUCCUACUAAUUUUGGCGGUCCUUGAACUCGCCGUAUAGUUUGUUUCCAUGUAUAACUUUCUCCGACUUUCUAGGACGUGUUUUAUGCCACUUUUUCUAUCUAAUUUUGUCCACCACACUUUUAACGUUGGGCAUGAGUGCACAAAGUUGCGAGAGAAGAGGGGAGCAGUCUCUGUUCGUGUCCAACUCGUCCACUAUCUCAAUCAGCCUUUCAACUCUAUCCGAGGGAAGCACGGCCCCGGCGUUGUUCCUGAACUUCUUUCUCAGGCUCUCUUGGGUCAGCGGUUUGCGCCAGUGACCGUAAAAGCUGUCGCAGCGCCCCUUCAGGAUGUCCCCCCCGACAAGCGCCACCUGGACCUCGCCAUACAUCUGGUUGAAAUUAGCUGGGUUGUCGUGGGGGUGCUCCACGCGGACACGACCAAGCAGCUGGAGGAGCUCAGGACGCGUCAUGGCGGUAGGGGUGAAGGACUCCACGGCCACCUCACCGUCCAGGAGGGCGCUACAAGCGUUGAACUGGAAAGAAUGGCGGGCCUGGUGGUCCGACUCUGGAAAAGGCCUGUCGAUGUAUUUCGACAGGGGUACCCGCAGCAGGAUGUCCUGAAUCUGACUCGGAGACACAGUGCCCGGACCUAAACCCACAAGAUGCUUGUGAACCGAGGCCGCAGCAUCCGCCACCCAGUGCAUUCCCAGAUGUGCGGGGAAGCGCUUGAAAGCCAUAUCCUGCUCUUCUAGCAAGAACUCGUGGCCGCCAUUGUCACUCGGUGACUCCAGAUGCUGCGGCGCGUAGUCUUUGUAGAAAGCGUUGAAACCGGCGACCCCUUCGACAGCAUCCAGGACUAGCUGACUCGCCUCAAGCCCCUGAGAGGCCAGCAGAGCAGCCUCCAUCCCCAAACGGGAGGCAUUGCCGAUGUGGAUGGGUUUGGACUGCGUGGCAGCGUUGGCCAUCGGGGCCCCUGAUAGAGAAGCAGCGAUGGCUAAGGCGUGGCUGCACUGGGAUGGAUUCAGCAACAAGAGGCAAGCACAGGCUGCUGCACUUCCCAUGGUGCCCACCACACUGGGAGGGUGAAAUCUGAGAACCUCAUCAGACGGCCCUGGAUCUCAACGCCGACAUUGAAAGCCAGCAGGAAGUCCAGGCCACUGGGUUUGCUGUUGGCGGGCAUCAUUUCGCUGAGAGCCAGCACAGCGGGAAGCACCGCUCCUGAAGGAUGAGUGGCAGGGUGCCAUGUAUCAUCAAAGUCCAUGGACUGUUUGUGCUCACCGCCACUCCGUUGACAAAAGCCGCCAGUGUCGGCGAGAGCUUGGUGCCUCUGCGACCGUAGACGGAGCUGACGUCAUGAUUGGCGUACACGAGCUGCGAAGGGGAAAGGGCGGAGGCAGGCUCACCUGGCAGUGAUGCAGUGCCAGUUGAAACACUUCUGUUGUGCUGCCCAGGAGACCGACUCCAAUACUGUCCAGCACCAUCCUCUUACUGCGGGAGAGGACCACGGAGGACAAGUGCUGAGGCUUCACUUCACUGAUGAACUUUCCAAAACUGGCCGUGACUGUGUCCUCAGGAGCCGGGUGCUUCAAGACUGGAUAGAAGCACUUUUGAAAUUGAGGGUUUGGAAAGAGUUCCUAUGCUGACAAGAGGAUGCCGGAACAGGUACGUUUAAUCCAUGUCACACAUACAACCACAGCAUUUAUACUACCUUGUUUUGGCAUGACACAGACACAUACAGAGUUAAGUGUACCUGUAGAACGGAGCUCAUGGCUUCUAUCUGGUCCAAGUGUCUUCAGUUCUUGACGCUGUUGCUUUGUCGUCAACAAAUUAAGAAGGAUGCUGAUGCUGCUCAAGUGGAGCGGGGAUCAGCCUUAUAUAGUCAUGACGAUGGAACAAUGACUAAAGGAAGGAAGGUGGAACAAGGAAGGGCUUUAAUUUUUUAGAAUGUGUUGGGAAAAAGUAGGUGGGACUCCAUUGUACCACGUACAUGUCGUCAUCUAUCAGGUUGAACAAAGUAAAGCUGUUGGGAAUUCUUGUUAACCCCUCCUACUUUUUAAGAUUGUGUAUUUAUCCAUGCCCGGCAGAACCUCAACAUUUCAUAUGAGCAUCUUCAUCAGUUCAAGUAAAUUCAGAGCGCAGAAGCCAUGGCCACAAUAGAUGGUUUUCCAGCCAGUUUCUACAGUGAACCAGGAGUUUUGGGAAUGUUAUCAAAUGGAAUUAGUGCGUUCCUUGUACUUCUGCAGAACUUUGGUACAGCGCACACUGGCAUAGAACCACAGGGCGUGGAGAACAUACUUGCAGGCGUCCAUCUUAUCCUGAUUGGUGGUAUCUGCCAGCUGGUGGCAGGCUUGCUCUCCUUCAGAAAAUAUGAUCAUCUCAGUGCCACUGCAUUUGUCGGCUACGCUGCUCUUUGGGGAAGUUUCGGUGCCACCCGAAUCUACUUUGGUGCGUUAUCCAUGAACUCCACAGUACCACAAACAAUAACAGCCAACAUGACAAUGUUGAAUGACACCACGGAAAUCCCAGUCUGCUAUUUAUUUCUGUCCCUAAAGGAGUCUGCUAUUGCUGGCCUUGUUCCCUAUAUCCUCUUAUCGUCUGUCCUUGCCUUUUGUUCAGCCACAGUCAACUACAUCAUGCCUUUUGUUUUUGGCGCUAUAACAGCCACUUUAAUUUUUGAAGCAGUAGCUCUAGUGUCAGGUUCAUGGUCUCUUGUGGUAUCCGGGGUUCUUGAAUUGCUAAUCCUGAUGUUCGCCAUCUACGGUUCAGCGGCCCUGCUCGUUAAAGGUCUGACUCAACGUCUCGCUCUCAAAGGCUUUGGUACUCCACUCUUUAAUGUCCUUCUGCUUGGUACUGCCAGUUCAGCUAAGAACCAGAGCCCUGGUGCAGAGAAGAAGAAAAACACAAAGUAUGCCGAACCCAUGGCCCUGGGUUACUUAUGUGACACAGUUGCACCAUUCAUUUUUGCAUUUUACAGCUUUGGGUUCAUGACAUCUUUCGGUUUGGGAGUUGCUUGGGUGUCAAUCAACUCUGCCGCCCAGCUUUUCUCGAGCUACUACUCCCAUCUACGCCAAGAUGGCUACCAUACAACUAAGUUUGGGUUUCAUGCUACGUAUUGGCUCAUCAAGGCUUGGGAGGAGUUUUUAGCAUCUGUUCUGAUUGUAGAGGACACCAACGUCACCUCGGGGAGAAACCCGAUGGUAGGAAACUGGUUCUUUGUGGUGGCAGCCCUGGUGCUUUGCAUUGGAAGCCUGAGCAUGGAUGUCCUGGAACUGGUCCACAACAUACUGUUCCUCUUGCUCACGAUCUCCACAAUCCCCCAGAUCCCUCUUAAAGACUACUACAUAUUCUUUGGGGUCGCUUGUUCCAUCUUCACUGCAGCCUCCUUGUACGGGACCUUCUCACGGCUCAUCAACACCAUUGCAGAGAAGUUGCUAAUCCCUGUUGGACCACAACCCGUCUCCACAGCCCAGCUGAAGAGAGUUUUCAACUGGAGUAGGUCCACAGAAACAAAACAAGCGUUAACUAUCCAAACAGACCAGGCUUCAGAUGCCCUGUUUUACCUGGUAAAUGGAGUUGCAGCUCUGUCCGCACUUCAUGCAAGCGUAAACAGCACCAAUCCUUCAUUCCUCCAUCUGACAAUCCCUUGGGUCCUCAUCUCUGGCGCAAUCAUCCAAGCCUACGUCAGUCGACUUAAAGUCACAGGAGCAAGCCAAUUUGGCUCCGUCAUCUCGUCCGUCUACGUAGCAGUGUGGGCAACAUGGACCUGGUUUAGAUUUGCAGGUCAACUACUUCAGCUUUCAAAUGAAGUUGCUUACGAUUUUACUGCAGGAGCGAUUGCUUUCCUGGUCAUCAACGGUUUCGUCAUUUUUAGUGCUACGUACAGGAACUUGGUUUUAGUGUUCUUAACAGCAACCAUGGAGGUGAUACUUGUUUGUUUACUACUUUCAACUCUUCAGCAGCUACCUUAUCAGCUAGAAAUGGCCAUGCUUGCAAUCUUUUCCAUUAUAUGUUUGUAUGGAGCUAUGGCAUCAUUGCUAAACAGCAUCUUCGCCCAGAGAUUACUACCAUUGGGCCCUCCUUUGUUCAAGGAGCAAAUGAAGCAGGACCGUGAACAAGAGCUACCUUGCCCCUUGGCAAACUCCAAACUCACCUCUGGGCUUCUAAAAAUCGCCGCCAUUCUGGAAAAGGGCGGAGUAUGCGGUAUUCCCACAGACACAGUGUACGCUUUGGCCGCAUCUUGCAAGAAUCCGCAGGCUAUUGAGAACAUUUAUAACAUUAAGGACAGACCAGCAGAGAAGCCCAUUUGUAUUUGCAUCUCCAGUGUGAAGCAGCUGGUAGAAGCCAAACCUCCCUUCAGCCCUCUGCUUUGGGAGUUCAUGCGGAAUGUGUAUCCUGGAGGUAUCAGCUGCAUCGUCAGCAAAGGGGAUUGGCUCCUCAGAUUAGGGGUGGGACCGGCUUACGACCGCGUGGGCACAAGGGACAGCAUCAUGAUCCGAGUGCCCGACCACACCGUGACCCGCCACUUGUGCGAUAUCACUGGACCGCUUGCUAUCACCUCGGCUAACCCAAGUGGAGAGGCAGACAGCACCCACCAUAGCAUGGUCAUUGACCGACUGGGCCACAAGAUCCAAGGGGUGCUGUGUGACGGGGAGACUAAUGAAGUCGUGGCCUCAACUGUGGUCAGCUGCCUCAGUAUUGAUGAAGGCACCAUCACGAUUGUCAGGGAAGGAUGCGUCCCUGCAGUUAAAGUCAGAGAGAUUUUCGACAGAGUGAAAGGCACAACGGCCUAAAUCUUAGCUACCAGUUCAUCUAUUUAAAUAACAAUGUUAUUUAUGUCUCUGUGUCGGGGCUAAACCAUGAAGGAGUACUGAAGAAGUACACAUCUGAAGGAAAACAAGUACCAUGAUAUUCAUGUAUGCAUAACUGGGGAUUGUUCAGAAAAUGUUACAAUGAACCUCGGAAAAGAGGGCAAAUAUUUUUAUUUAUGGCAAUUAUAAGCUUCAUUGGGGGUAUCAUUGUGACUGUCAGAAAUUGUAAGUCUGAUGUAAAUAGUUUGUUUUUCUUUAACAAUUAAAAUCA